UCGUCCUUGUACUUGAAGCAUCUGUAUGCAUCUUCACAUUUGUAGCCUAUCAGACAAGUGUAUUAAGGCAGCAUUCACAUACUUUACAUGUUGACCGUGAAGUUUUAGCAACAACCGUGCAACUGUGACUGUCAAUUCAGUAGUAAGUUGUGUAACACUACUCAGAAAGAGGAAUUACAUUUAGGCAUGAUCACACUUUCUACUACUUUCUCCAAAUAAAAUUUGAUUGCCAGGGAAUAUCUGUAACUUUGUCAUAAAACUGUUUACUCUGAUUCUAUUCUAUUUUUAAAAAAUGAAUCAUUGAGUCUUAUUUUUUCCAGUGACAAAAAAAAGCUAAUUUUUAAUCAUAAAAUAUUCAACAGGUUUUCCUGAAAUUUCCAUGUAACUAUUUUGAAGAAUUCAGAACUUACUUGUGAAUCAUGCUCCUUAUUAUUAUAUACAUGAUGACAAUUAACUGAUGCUAUAAGUUAAUUUUCCACCAAUUUAUUUUUGUAACCAUAAUGAUAAAAUUAAAAAUUUGUAUAUAAAUGUUUGUUACUUUAAAACCAUCAAACUCUCAUUUUAAAUGAUUUAAUUCCCGCAUCAGCUUUUCCCCGCAGUUAAGGGUUACCAGUCACAUAAUUUUUAAAUUUCCCCAAGAUUUACACUUACUCUUGUUGCCACUGAAGUAGUGUUGUAUUUCCAAAAUAGCAAUAAUUUUUCAAACAAAUUUAUCUAGACAGCUUUUUAGCUUAAAUUUCUUAUAUGUAUUCACAAUGAUCCAGUGUUCUGAAUUAUUAGCAAUUAUUGAUUCAAUGCCUUCAGUUAUUAUUCAUUCUGUUUUUUGAACGUAUAUUAAUCCAGCCUUCAUGAAUACAAAGACUCUGGGGGAGAUGUCAAAGUUAAAAAAAAAAAAAGAAGAAGAAGAAGAAGAAGAAGAAAAAUAUUUAAAUUCAUUACAUUAAAACACUUAGGUAAAUAAAAGUUUCUUGCCUCCCCACCCCUGUUUUAAAAAUGCUUGAAACCAGUUUUAUAUUGACAUUUUAUUUUUUAAAUAUGGAAGUACAAGGUAUGUCUUAACUUGUUUUACAGAAAAUAUUAUGUCCUUAAAUUAUUUCCUUUUUAGUUUGGAUUACAUCCCCUUAACUGACAUUUAGUAGCCAGCGUUUAUUGUCCAAGUAUAAAGAUCCAUAUGCUAUGUAUAUUCUAGUCAGUAUACGUAAAGAUGUAUUUAUAUGAGCAAGUGAAACAGACCAUUGUGUAGUUACAUAUAUCAUUGCAUGUCAUGAUAAAAGUAUACAUUUUGAAAUAAAUAAGAGAGAGAAAUUAGUUAGAUUGUUUCAGAACUCAGUGGCUAAUUGUAAGCAUGUUUUUUUCAUAUUCACUUUUCCCCAGGAGAGUUGACUUCUGGGUUGCUCUGAGGUCUUCUUGGAAUUCACCAACUCACUAUAAUUUUUGUACAUUCCCUAGGGCUCAGGAGAAGUGAAAGCCUAUCCGAAAAGCAGGUGAAAGAAGCAAAAUCUAAAUGCAAAAGCAUUGCCCUCCUUCUAACCGACGCCCCCAACCCCAACUCCAAGGGGGUGUUGAUGUUUAAGAAGCGUCGUAGGCGGGCCAAGAAAUACACCCUAGUCAGCUACGGCACCGGUGAGCUUGAGCGAGAGGCAGACGAGGAGGAAGAAGGAGACAAAGAAGACAACUGUGAAGUAGCAUUUCUGGGCACGAGUGAAUCAGAGGUGGAUGAAGAGUUAUUGUCUGACAUUGACGGCAGUGCACAAGUUGUGAACUUUGACUGGGAUUCUGGACUAGUGGACAUCGAGAAGAAACUGAACAGAGGGGACAAGAUGGAGAUGCUGCCAGACACCACGGGCAAGGGUGCCCUCAUGUUUGCCAAGAGGAGGGAGCGAAUGGAUCAAAUCACGGCCCAAAGAGAGGAGGAGAGGAUGGGAGGAGUGCCAGGCAGAGAGCCAGAUGCUGCCCAGACAGACAGCCUGAGAACCAUGGCUUCUUACCAGAGGAAGGAAGAAGAGUCUGUGAAAGUGCAGAGCUCAGUGAGCAGAAGCUACAUCGAGGUGAGCCAUGGUCUUGGCCAUGGGCCCCAACAGAAUGGCUUCAGUGGGGUGUCCGAAACGGCAGAGGCCCAGAGGACGGUUCCUAUGAACAGAACAGCCAAACCCUUCCCGGGGUCUGUGAGCCAGCCUGCAGCCCCCUUCUCCCCAACCCGGAAUAUGACGAGUCCCAUCGCGGACUUCCCUGCGCCUCCACCUUAUUCUGCGGUCACACCUCCACCUGAGGGCUUCCCCAGAGCAGUGUCGAGUCCCACAGCUGGCCCAGCGCAGCCUCCUCCGUGGCCCCAGCCUGCCCCGUGGUCCCAGCCAGCCUUUUACGAUUCAUCUGAGCGGAUAGCUUCCCGGGAUGAAAGGAUCGCUGUGCCUGCAAAAAGAACCGGAAUAUUGCAGGAGGCCAAAAGGAGGAGCACGACAAAACCCAUGUUCACUUUUAAAGAGCCCAAGGUGAACCCGAAUCCUGAACUCUUGUCACUUCUUCAAAAUUCAGAAGGCAAAAAGGGAGCUGGAGCUGGAGGCGAUUCCGGACCCGAAGAAGACUACCUCAGUUUAGGAGCAGAGGCUUGUAAUUUCAUGCAGAGCUCCUCUGCCAAACAAAAGACUCCGCCUCCUGUCGCUCCGAAACCUGCAGUCAAGUCCUCGUCCUCCCAACCAGUAACUCCAGUUUCUCCGGUCUGGUCCCCAGGAAUGGCUCCAAGCCAACCUCCUGCCUUCCCCACGUCCAACCCAUCACAGGGCACCGUUGUCUCCUCCAUCAAAAUAGCCCAGCCUUCCUACGCUCCUGCCCGGCCCGCGAGUGCUCUGACCCUGGCUGGUCCCUUCAAAGGACCACAGGCAGCAGUGGCCAGUCCGAACUACACACCGAAGCCAACGGCUCCCGCACCGACAGUAAACGCCGCUCAUGCUGGUGCAGUGGGACCAUCCAAUGAGCUUCCGGGAAUGAGCGGGAAAGGAGCCCAGCUCUUUGCUAAAAGGCAGUCGAGGAUGGAGAAGUACGUGGUGGAUUCAGACACCGUGCAGGCCCAUGCGGCUCGCGCCCAGUCUCCCACUCCCUCUCUACCGGCCGGAUGGAAGUACUCCUCCAACGUCCGAGCACCUCCUCCUGUGGCCUACAAUCCUAUCCACUCCCCCUCCUACCCUCUGGCCGCUGUCAAGUCUCAGUCAUCAGCCCCACAGGCCUCCAAGACAAGCAAGAAAAAGGGCAAAAAACCCCUCAAUGCUUUGGACGUCAUGAAGCACCAACCAUACCAGCUAAAUGCAUCCUUGUUUACUUUCCAACCUCCAGAUGCAAAGGAUGGCCUCCUCCAAAAGUCAUCCAUCAAGGUCAAUUCGAUGCCAGCCAUGAAGCAAGCUCUUCCUCCCCGGCCAGUGAAUGCUGGCUCGCCCACUAAUGCGCAGGCCUCAUCUGUGUACUCGGUCCCAGCAUAUAGCUCUCAGCAUCCCUUCUUUGCAGAGGCCACCUCGCCUGUCAGUGCGUCGCCAGUGCCCGUGGGCAUUCCCACCUCUCCAAAGCAAGAAUCAGCCUCUACAUCUUAUUUUGUGGCACCAAGGCCGAAGUUCUCAGCCAAGAAAAGUGGUGUCACAGUUCAGGAGAUUGGACACUCCCUUUCUCUUCCUGGAAGACCAGUCCCACCCACCAUCUCCACAACAUCUCCUUGGAUAUACCAGCCUGCUUAUAGCUACUCUAGCAAACCAACUGAUGGGCUAGAGAAAGCAAACAAGAGACUAACUCCUUGGGAAGCAGCAGCAAAGUCUCCUCUUGGUCUAGUGGAUGAUGCCUUUAAGCCCAGAAACAUCCAAGAAUCCAUUGUGGCAAAUGUGGUCUCAGCAGCUCGGAGGAAGGUGCUUCCAGGGCCAUCAGAUGAUUGGAAUAAGAGACUGUCCUGUGUUCCUCAAGCCCAGAAGGCCAGUAUGGGCUCAUUCGCAAGGCAAGAGUAUAAUGUUGCAUCCUUACCUGAUAAUAAUAUGCCCACCAACUCCCAAUAUGGUUCACAGGUCUCAUAUGCAUAUUAUAGGCAGCCUUCCAGAAAUGAUUCUGAAAUAAUGUCCAUGGAAACUAGGUCAGAUUACUGUCUUUCAAUAGCUGAUUACAACUACAACCCACACCCAAGGGGAUGGAGACGCUAAACAUGAAGCUUAGAAGAACUAUCAUGUGUCAUCUGUAAUAGUAGUUUUUAAAUGUUCCUUUGUAGGACUUUUCACUUUUCCAGUAGAUUUAGAUGCACUUUUGGUCUUGGCUUGUUCUCAGAAGUCAUUUUUUUGAGUUUGUGUGUCUGUGUGUGUGUGUGUGUGUGUGUGUGUAUGCACAUGUGAGUGAUCUCUUCCUUGCACAUGUGAGUCUGCUCAUGAUAGAGAAUUUCUUAGAGGAAAAAGUUAAUUUUCUGCCUUGAUGUGCUGGCAGGUAUAUCUAAUUCAUAAUCUUUAUUAUCUUUAUUCCAUUUAUUCCAUUAAUAUGGCGUAGUCUAAGCAACUAAACACUGCUCAAUGAAAGCGAAAUUGUGUAUAUUCCCCUAUGUGUCUUAGACCAGGAAGGAAUUAAUGAAAUAUGAUGUACUAAUUGUCAUUAGCAGUAAUAGCAAGGAAUAUAAUGUUGGAGAAGUUUUCAAUGAGAGCAUGCCAUUGAAUGAUAAUUAUUUUUAAAAAGGAUUUCCUUGAUGUUAUUUUCAGAAGUUCUCUGAAACAUUUUCAAAAAUCCAAUGAAACUGGAUUUUUUUUAGAUUUGAAAUAUGGGUGUUCUCAGAAAGAAAGAAAUAUUUAAGAGUAAGAUAACUAUACAACUCAGAAGGACUUUUGAGGCAAAUUGUGUAAUGUAUGGGGAAUAGAAAGACUUGAGUAGAGAAUUUAUUUUUAAUCUAUUUAAAGCCAGCAGCCCAAGACCAGAAUAGACUCUGGGUUCAGGUAUCCUCAUUUGUCAGAUGGAAGAUCAGAUUAUUUAAUCUCUUAUAUCUUUCACAGACCUGAUAUUCUGGGAUUCUCUCAUUGGUAGAAUGGCCUUUGGUGCAUUAUUCAGUUUUGAUGUUCAUUAUAUAAAUAUAGGAUUAAUUUAGGAGUGGGUUAGCUCAUCAGUGUCACUACAUGUAUAAUUAAAGGUCCAAAAGGAAUUGUUGGGAGACUGGUUUUGUGCUACGUGUUACAUGGAGUGAGGGUUGAUGUGAAGAAAAAAACUAUUAAUGGAUUUAAGGAAGUGGUAGAUGGAUGUGUCUGUUAUUAUGCAACUGUAGGUCAUGACCAUUUAUUUAGUUAAAGAAAACAUGCCGCAGGAGCCUAUGCAACAAGUAGUGUUUCUUUAGAAGGCCAUCAUUAGGAUGUUCAAAGGAAGCUGAACAGCUGCUUGGUCAAUUUCAUGACCCAUGCCUUGUUAGCACGACCAUGAGACAAUCAAACACCUGCUCCUUACUGCCAGAUCCACAAAGUAUUCGGUACAAGGAAAUUCAAAGCAUUUGACAUCAUAAACAAGAAUCGAGAGGAUUUUAAAAUAAAAAAAAACACUUUGAGUAUUCAAAACUUUGUUAGAUUUUUAAAUGUGAUUAUUUUGCUUUGUUUGACCUUUUAGCUCUUGAACUUAUCAUUAUAAUGGUGUCUUUCACAGAAUAAAACUUAAAAAAGAAAAAAAUUUCCAGUCUAUUAAGUGAUUCCUUAUCUUGGAAAUAGAAGAUUAAAAGUUUGAAGAAAUUAUAAGUUCUUUUAUUGAUGGAUCCAACCAGGUACUAAUUUGUUUAGUUAAAAAGAAAAGAUAAAUACUUUCUAACAUUAUAGUGCUAAAUUUUCUUAAAUUUAUAUGCUGUUAAUUCUCUCAAACUAUAAAAUAUAAUUAUAGACUCCUAAGACUUUCUAUGGCAUCCUACAAAAUAAUGCCUGGUAUAUUAGUCAGCAAAUUCUCAGGAAUCCCCCACGUUAAAGUCUUAUUUGCUUCAAACUUAAUUAUUUUGGCUGAAUCAUUCUAGAUGUCACUGUCUUAAUCUAAGGGUCAUUUAGCAGAAAACACUGCCUGACAGGAUCAGAUCCUAUAUUGUUGCUUUCUUUUAUAAAUGCUAGAAGUGAUUUCCAUUACUCCUAAGAUUUAAUAUACUCCAACUCCAGAAACUAAUAUACAUUAUAUUAUUCACUAAAACUUCCACUGGACUCAAAAUAAAAAACAGAUAUUUUAAACUUAAAUAUUAUUAUAAUAAAACAGCCAUUUCCCUUUUUUCAUGUGCUAGAUCAAAAUUAUCAUUUGUUUGAAGCUAUCUGAAUUUAUUGUAGACAUCAAGAGAAAAGCAAUACAUGGCAGGAAAGUUGUACAGUCUUCGCUCACAAAGAAAUGAACAUCUCCUAUUCUUAUUAGAAAUUGAUGUUUCAAGAAGUCACACUUUGCAGAUAGAAUUCUGCAAAGCAAAAGUGCCAAUGUCAAAUCAUCACAAAACGUAUUGUGGGUAUUUAUCUCCAGGUUACUUAAAAAGAAGUAGUUAGAUUGCAAGCUGAUGUGUGAGACGGGAGACCUGCCACGCUGAGAUCUGAUUCCUAUGAGUAAGAAACCUUGAAUCUAUAUGAUAAAAACAGCAUUUUUAGAAGAGCUCUUGCUUAUAAAUAUAUACCACAUUUGUUAAGACAGUUUUCUACUACUAGCAAUCACAUAGGUAGACAGAGUUCCUGUUUUACCAUGGAUUAAAAAGCAUGCCCUAAAAUAUUACAGUAUGUCAGUCAUAGGGACACUAAUUUUUCACCUUUUCUCCAUCUUGAGUUUAAAUACCACAUCACUGCAUGUGUGUGAAGUGUCUGCUAUUAAAAUGAUUUAGAUUUUGUCUAGUAUCUUGAAUUUGAAAAACGCAUGGAUUCUAGUCCACUUAUUUCUGAAUAUAUCUCUUUUAUGUUCUGGCACCAUCACUCACAUUGGAAGAGGCCACCCUGUUAGGGCUCAAGCAUAUAUAUGUACUAAUGAAUUGAAACUUUGGAUAAAAUAUUGUAUCAAAUAGGCUUAGCUAUUAUAAUUAGAGAGGAACUGUAGAAAUAUUCAUUUUUUAAGAGAAAGUAGAUUUUCACAUUUGAUUUCUAUUCAGAGUAGAAGUAUCUACACUGUCCACACUUUUCUAUUAAAACUGACUAGGUUUUCCUACUAAUUAGAUUGAUAUUUCCAACUGUGUUUAUCCCAAAAGACUGUAUUUGAAAGCUACAUACUGAAAAUCAAAAUUGUAUUAGUAAUAAAAAAUAACUUGAAAAUCAA